ACAUCCUCUAGGUCAUUCACCGCAAAGAAAAAAAAAAAGAGGAACCCGGCGGCGGCGGCGAAUCGGCGGCGGAAACAGAGAUUAAAGGUGCUGGGGACAAGGGAGGAAGAUGGAUAUGGAGUCGAAAAGCGACUUGGUAGACUCUCUUCGGCGCUACCGCGAGACCCUGAGGUGGGAGACCGAAUUCCUGAGGUUCGAGGUCACAUCCAGGGGCCUAGAGACGCUUGCUGGGAAGAAGGACUAUCUGGAGAAGCAUUCUCGUGGAAUAUCACUAUCUCGCGAAUUACCUCAGCUGAAGGAGCAGUUGUCCGGCCAGAAGAUCGCGAGCUUGCCUGUGGUGAGUUUGCCCUACCUUGUUCCUCAUCACGAGGAGGCUCUCGAUCUGCUCCUGCACGAGGCGCACAAGUUGGGCUACCGGAUCCAGUCUCUGAGGGAACUCGCUGUUCCAAUCUCCUUGGAGACGGUCAGGUUACUCUAUCUUCUGUCCGAAAGAUGUGCAAAGAUCUCCAGAAGAAUAGCGAGGCGCGGGUCAACUGCCGAUACUGCAAUUGCUGCUUACAAAGAACGCCGUGUCAGCUGGGAAUCAAUUUGGGGCAGUCCAGUGAUGAGGUCUGGCGGCUUCAACGAUAUAACCACACUGUCUCCUAUGUACUUCACCCCAUCUGCACCUGCUAUCAUCCCAUACACCGGCUUCGCCACCAUGGCCUUGCAGAUUUACUCCAUCGAAAUCUGUGACCUAAAUGACAGCUUGAAGUGGCCACUCUAUGUGUAUGGCGUGGUCGCUGCUCGAGACGUUGUGGAUGGUAACCGCAACCUUCUCUUCUCUCGCUCCAGGGCUAACUGCCAAGUACUCACUGAAAAGGAUCCAUUUUUGCACUUGACUGGCCCUUCUCGUGCUAUUCUGGCCGAGUACCCUGUUGAUUUUGAAGUUGAACUAAGGGUAAAAGAUGGAACAGAGUCCCAAGAUGAAGCAUUGAUGAGUUCUACUGACCACCACAUUUUUGCUACUGCUGAUACUGCUGUGUUCUUUAGCUGCCUGUGUUCUGCAAAGUUAAGCCUUGAGACUGUUUUUAGUGCGGUCCAGGCCACUAUCUUGUCCAUUAGUGUUGUUGGAGGGGGGUCUUGUUUUGAAUAUGGAGGUCGAGUUUCAUGUUCAUCGUAUACUGAAGGUGUCAUUGCUGAUGAAUGUCGGGAAGUUGUGUUGAUUGAUUGUGAUGAAAAAUUUCUUGAAGAUGGACUGGGUAGCAGUUAUGUUUCCCUUUCAAGGAAUGUGGUCACCGUGAAAUCAGAAGGAUCGCUGAAAAUUACCAUAAAAGAAUAUACAAAGUCUCGUCUUGUUGCUCACGAGGCCCAGCUUGAUUUCCCUGCUCAGCAUUGCCAAGUAAGCACAAGAGAAUGUGUUGUUGGCGAACAUAAGGUGGUGGUUGUUAUUGCUUGGUCCCUGCUUGUGAGGGACAAGCUCAAUAACUUGGCGUCGGGGUGUUGAAGAUGGCUCAUUAGGUGAUAAAAAAAAAACCUGGAUCUAAUUGUACUAGACCUAUGUUUUGUGAUCCUGUGUUAUCAAACUUGGAAGACUAGGGGCCUGUUCGGAGGCCCUCCGGCUCCACAACCCCACUCCCGGAUUUGGUGGAGGAGCAGCUAAAAAUCAUGGAGCGGGGAAAAGGGUGCUCCGCAGAUCCUCGGAUUUCAGGGAGAUGGAGGAUCACCGAACAGCUCCUAGAUAUCUAUUUUCUUUUGUGUUGUAUUCCUACAACUGCUGGGGGGUACCUUUAUUAUUUAACGUAGUUUGAACUUUGAACUGAUGAAUGUAAUUUGUUUUGGUCAAAGACUUGGUUUGAACUAAUGCAGCAUCUGGAGCAUCAGUUGUGAAGUGCUCCAGCCAGUGAUUUCAUUA